GGUGAGUUUCUCAAAGAGAGACGAGAGGAGCCAGCCCACGAGCUUGUAUAAUAGCACCACUUCCAUCUAAACAUAGUCAAUGGUCCAGUAAGAAAGGCUAUCUAAAUUUCAGCCAACCGUCUAACCAUCCUCCAUGCCUUUUUAUCCAUAGAUCAGAUGUUGUAGACUUUUGAGAUUCCCUCUCUCGAUCUCUUCACACUUUCUCUGUAGAGUACUGCAGACCAUAGAAACCACAAAGACAAGGAUAAUGGCUGCCGGGUUCUUACUUGUAUGGUUUUCUUUCUUCAUUUUGUUGUUUUCGACCAUAUCAGUUGCCAAAAUUGCUCCGACAUUUCCUUCUUCAAUAAUUAGGCCGGAGCAGCUCUUGCUUUCUACCAAACACCAGCUUUACAAAACAAAGUACUUCACCCAAACACUUGACCACUUCAAUUUCAAUCCCCAGAGCUACCAAACCUUUCAACAGAGAUAUCUGAUCAAUGACACGUACUGGGGAGGUGCUCAUAAGAAUGCCCCAAUCUUCGUCUACACUGGAAAUGAAGGAGAGAUAGAAUGGUUCGCUCAGAACACGGGUUUUAUGUUCGAAACCGCACCCCAUUUCAAAGCUCUUCUUGUUUUCAUCGAGCAUAGGUUCUAUGGGAAAUCCGUGCCAUUUGGGGGUGAGAAAGUCGUUGCUUAUAGCAAUACAAGUACACUUGGAUAUCUGAGCUCAACACAGGCAUUGGCAGAUUAUGCCACUUUGAUUAUUGAUCUUAAGAAAAAUUUGACAGCAACCGAGUCUCCUGUGGUCGUGUUCGGAGGAUCCUAUGGAGGAAUGCUGGCAGCAUGGUUUAGGUUGAAGUAUCCGCACAUCACCAUUGGAGCCUUGGCAUCUUCUUCGCCUAUCCUCAAUUUUGUGAAUUUGACAUCCCCAUAUAGCUUCAACGACAUCAUCACUCGUGACUUUAGGAGCGAAAGCGAGAACUGCUACAAAGUGAUAAAAAGUUCAUGGCAACAAAUUGGAGAUACAGCAAAACAACCUGGAGGACUCCAUAUGCUCCGAAAAUCAUUUAGAAUAUGCAAGAAUUAUAUUGAUGCAGAUUCUCUGAAGAAUUGGCUUUACACUGCAUACGCUUACACCGCUAUGACUGAUUAUCCGACUCCUUCGAGUUUUUUAAGUCCCUUGCCAGCUUACCCAGUCAAACAGAUGUGCAAGGCGAUUGAUAAUCCAACGACUGGAAAUGACACAUUCGCAAAGUUGUACGGUGCAGCUAACGUCUAUUAUAACCACAGUGGAACUGCCACAUGCUUCAAUCUGGCCGAUGAUUCCGAUCCUCAUGACCUCAGUGGAUGGAGUUGGCAGGCGUGUACAGAGAUGAUAAUGCCAACAGAUGGAAACAAUAAGGAGAGCAUAUUCCCAGCUUCAGAGUGGCACUAUGAAGAUCGGGUCGCUUACUGCAAAUUUCACUUUGACAUUGAGCCCCGACCCAAUUGGAUCACUACCGAGUUUGGUGGGCAUGAUAUCCACAUGGUUUUGAAAAGCUUCGGGAGCAACAUUAUCUUCUUUAAUGGCUUAAGGGACCCUUGGAGUGGUGGAGGGGUGCUGAAGAAUAUAUCCAAAAGCAUAGUUGCUAUUGUCGCAAAAGAAGGGGCUCACCACGUGGAUUUAAGGUUCUCAAGUAAGGAAGAUCCACAAUGGCUUAAAGAUGUGAGGAAGCAAGAAGUGAAAAUCAUCGCAAAGUGGAUCUCACAAUAUUACUACGACUUGGCCCAUUUCUCUGCCUAGAGAGAGCUCAAGACUCAAGACCACUGCACUUUCCUACAAUUUGAAGAUCAACCAUUUGUAACCACCAUUUAUUUGGCGUUACUAAGUUAUUCUAAUACUAUUUAUAACGACAAAAAAAAAGAGAUAGUUGCAUCUGCGUUA